AGCAGCGACUAACUGCGGCUGCUGAAGAGAUAUUUGGGCUGUUUGAAAGAACGAUAGCAGAGUACGAGGAGCAACUUUGUCGCUCAAAAGAGGAGAACGAGCGACAACGGAAACUACUGGACGCUGUUUACAACGGAGCAGUGUUUUGAACACCAUCAAACAGUGCAUCAUUUCAGGCCCACUGCCAUCCCCCCGCUUUGGGGACGUAAAGUUCAGCCGACUCAGACAACUACACAUCUGGCUUAAGGGAUACUGCUGCAACAGAGGCAUCCCCUAUGUGGACAAUUUCACCACCUUCUACAACAGGGCUGAACUCUUUAAACAUGACCGCCUCCAUCCAAACAACACUGGAUCUCAUCUGUUAUCUACAAACACUGAACUCACACUGUGCUCCUGCAAAGCCUUCAUCCUGUGACGUACUAGGUCCAGCAGCAGCUGUUGGUGGUUAAAGAAGAGGUUCCCCCUGAGCAGCAGGAGUGGAGCUCCAGUGUGGACCAGGAGGACCCAGAGCCCCCACACAUUAAAGAGGAAGAGGAGGAACUCUGGAGCAGUCAGGAGGGAGAGCAGCUUCAAGGGCUGGAGGAGGCUGAUAUCACCAAGUUCACAUUCACUCCUGUCCCUGUGAAGAGUGAAGAUGAUGAAGAGAAACCUCAGUCUCAGGGACACCACUGUGGAGGAGUACUAACAGGACCAGUGCCCGGAGACUCUUCUGAAGCUGAUGGAGAAGACUGUGGACGGCCAGGGCCAUCCAGGGACUCAGAUCCAGAUGCGAAGGAGCAGCUUCAAGAGCUGGAGGAAACUCAAACUGAAGAGAUGGAAACAGAAACUGAUGAAGAGGAUUGUGGAGGACCAGAACCAGCCAAAAACUCAGAUCCAAAUCCAAAUGUAAAACCAGAUACUGAAGACAAGAACAGAGACUCUUCUGAACCCGAGACUGACGACAGCUGUGAUUGGACAGAAACCAGAAAACCUGAGUGCCCUCCAGAAAGUGCCAAACUUCCUUUUAGAGAUUGGAGGUACUAUGUUGACAAGACCGUAUGUUCCUGCUCUGAGUGCGGGAAAACUUUUAACAACAAGACGAAUCUCAAGGUCCACAUGUUGAUCCACACGGGAGAGAAACCUUUCAGUUGCAUCAUUUGCAGUAAAAGGUUUUCGACAAAGCCAAAGUUGAUUCGUCACAUGAGGCGUCACCCAGAAGACAAACCCUUCAGCUGUCCAGUCUGUCAGAGGAGGUAUCGAUUUAGAGGAGACGUUGACAGACACAUGAGAGUGGGUUGCGUUUUUUACGAUAUUUAUCCGGAGCUCCGGGCUGCCCGACAAGAAAAUGAGACCCAAGCAAAUCCUGAAAAUACAUAAUUUUUUAUAUUUCGGGUAGGGGGGUAGAAAAAUUUCUCUUCAGGCAUGCAAUUCGUGACUGUUGAUCAGACGUUUGGAUUUCUAUCCCCCCAAAAAGAGGCGUGGCCUUCACCUUUUGCAAAGUACCAAUAUAUUUCUGGUCCGGACUGUUGGCAUAUGCUGCUAGGUGGUGGCGGGAACGUUGAACAUGGGAGUCAAGAAAGCAAGCCCUAGCAGUUUGCUUAUGCCCAAAUGUCUGGGAAGGGUAUAUUCCUAGUUCUACCCAAAUAAUGUCAUCAAACUUGAUCACCUAGAUUGUCGAGAAAACUAGAGCGUAUUCCACCAUUUCUCCAGCAGGGCGCAGCCAUCUCACAACAAGCCAGCUGUUGGGAAUAGAAUCAAAGUAUUCUGGACAUUGAAGUAUGUGCGAUUCCUCUACGAUAGGUGGAGAUAUGCCCCCUUUCAGCUUGUUAGUAUUGGACCUUUUUCCUGUUGACCUAUUACGUCACAGACCAAACAAUGGACAAACAAGUUAGCUACGGUUAGCUAGCAGCUAACUGGUACCAUGGUGGACAACUUUACAGCUCUGUACAUUUAGUCCGUCCAAAAAGUCAUGGCUCUGGAUGUAGAUUUAUCCAUGUUGUUACUGGCUUCUUCUUCUCUUACACAUUUAAUGCUAUUGGACUUCCGGGUCAAAGCCCGGGGCGAAAGUAAAAUUCCAACAAACCACAGUCAUUAUUCAGUAUUUCAUCUCCACUUUAAGGUCACAUUCUUUGUGUCACACUGAAAUGUCAGCCAGUCAAACCAUUUGAAAUGACAGUUUAACAUCAAGCCUCCUCAUGUAGCGACACCGGAGGAACUCAGUCUUGUACGGACUGUUGACAUUGUUAGUCCUCUGGACCCACCGGUGGUCCUCUGAGGGGGUCCCCAUUAAUAUUAGUGUUUCUAACAGAUCGUAGUGUUAGACUGUGUUUGAUGUUGUAUUGUUACAGUUAUAAUCAUAUUCAUGCACGUUAAAAAUGUAACCGAAAAUUCAGCAAAUAAAUUCUGAAACUUAAUUUCCCAACCACAGAGCGUAAAUGUCUCUUUAUAUCCAGUCUACGUGCAAAGUAUUAUAUAUCAUGUCAAAUGUUGAUAGGACAUUUAAACUGAUUUUUUUUUUUUUAUGAAAUUCAAAACAAUAAUGAUAUAAAAAGUAAAAUUAAAAACCUUCAUUAAUAUGUUUGAUACAUACAUUUAAAAAUUACAUUUACAAACAUUUAAUUCCCUUACUUCCUGCGUGUUUCUCUGGGUAAACCUGUAAUCUGGACUUUUAUUUUGAAGGAGAGCAGCUGAGCUGCCCCGGAAGCUCUAUUCUUUCCUGUGGCUAACUUGACAGUGUUUGAACAAGAUGGCGUCGAGCAGAAACGUCUGUCAGCAGAGUGUCUUUGUUGUGUUUUUAAAGUGUGAAGAUGUGUAAAGUCCAAAUGCUGAGAGCGUUGGUGAAGCAGCGACUAACUGCGGCUGCUGAAGAGAUAUUUGGGCUGUUUGAAAGAACGAUAGCAGAGUACGAGGAGCAACUUUGUUGCUCAAAAGAGGAGAACGAGCGACAACGGAAACCACUGGACGCUGUUUACAACCCUCAGCUCAGGUUACACAGAGCAGAGGUCCAGCAGCAGCUGUUGGUGGUUAAAGAAGAGGUUCCCCCUGAGCAGCAGGAGUGGAGCUCCAGUGUGGACCAGGAGGACCCAGAGCCCCCACACAUUAAAGAGGAAGAGGAGGAACUGUGGAGCAGUCAGGAGGGAGAGCAGCUUCAAGGGCUGGAGGAGGCUGAUAUCACCAAGUUCCCAUUCACUCCUGUCCCUGUGAAGAGUGAAGAUGAUGAAGGCUCAGAGGUCCAGCAUCAGCUGUUGGUGGUUAAAGAAGAGGUUCCCCCUGAGCAGCAGGAGUGGAGCUCCAGUGUGGACCAGGAGGACCCAGAGCCCCCACACAUUAAAGAGGAAGAGGAGGAACUCUGGAGCAGUCCGUCAGAAGCACAUUUCCAACCUGAACUUGACACCAAGACGUCAGACUCUUUGGAGUUAAAGACUGAUCUCAGUGAUGAUGAUAAUGAUGAUGAUGAUGAUGGUUGGAUGGAGAACAGAGAACCUCAGUCAGUUUUAAACUCCCUGAAGAUUAUCAAAGUCCCUGCCGGCGGUACGAGAAUUAGAGCCAGUAAAAAGACUUACAGCUGCUCUGAGUGUGGGAAGAUCUUUGGCCGCAGUCCGCACCUGAAGAUCCACAUGAGGACACACACCGGAGAGAAACCAUUCAGCUGCCCCUUCUGCGGGAAGAGCUUCACCCAGAAAGUCAACCUGACGUAUCACAUGUCCAUCCACACGGGGGAGAAACGUUUUAGCUGUCAUUUCUGCAACGAAAGAUUCACCUGGUACACUCAGCUCAAGAGUCACCAGUGCACCUGUGAGUCCUCUCAGCGUCACCAGAGUCAGAUCGAGGACAGCAGAGAUGCAGAGACGGGAGAGAAGUCGUUCAGCUGCUCCGAGUGCGGGAAGAUUUUCAGCCGCAAGGACAACCUUAACAUCCACAUGAGGAUCCACACCGGAGAGAGACCGUUCAGCUGCUCCGUCUGCGGGAAGAGUUUUAAACAUGGAGGACAUCUGACACAGCACAUGUCUGUCCACACCAAAGAGAACAGGUUCGGCUGCGACGUCUGCGGCAAGAGGUUCACUUGGCUUUAUCAGCUCAAGAGACACAAGUGUGGCGGAGAGUCUGCUCAGCGUCCUAAACUGUGGGGCAGCCAGGACGGAGAGUCCAUGCUCAGUCCUGUUCCCAUGAAGAGUGAGGAUGAUGAAGAUGAACCUCAGUCCUCACAGGUAGAAACAGAAGCUGAUGGAGACCACUGUGGAGGAGUACACUCAGUGCCUGGAGGAGAAGUAGGCCCAGUGCCCGGAGGAAGAGUACGACCAGUGUCCAUAGACUCUUCUGAAGCCUACUCAGAGAACUGUGGAGGACCAGAACCAGCCAGGAACUCACAUCCAGAUUUACAACCAGACAAUGGUGCCAAGGCCGGAGAAUUUCGGGACUGUAUCUGGACGGAGACCAGAUCAAAGUCCACUGGCAGGAAAACCUUCAGCUGCUCCGACUGCGGGAAAAUAUUUGGCCGGAAGGAACACCUGCAGACUCACGUGAGGAUCCAUACUGGAGAGAGACCAUUCAGCUGCUCCGACUGUGGAAAAACCUUUGGCUGCAAGCGGUCGCUGCUGGGCCACAUGACGAGUCACACAGGAGAGAAACCAUUUAGCUGCUCUCAGUGUGGGAAGAGAUUCGGCCGGAUGGUGAACCUGAAGACUCACGAGAGACUCCACACGGGGGAGAGACCAUUCAGCUGCCCAUUUUGCAGUAAAGGUUUCACGCAGAAGGUUCACAUGACUCAACACAUGGCUGUCCACACGGGAGAGAAACAGUUCAGCUGCAGCAUUUGUGACAAAAAGUUCACGUGGCUUUCGGGGUUUAGGCGACACAAGUGCGGCGGCGAGCAGCAGGAGCUCGACGAGAGCCAAACGGAGGACAACUUGGAGGCAGAACCGGGAGGGAAACCGUUUCGCUGCUGGCAGUGUGGCAACAGAUUCAACCACAAGCACAACCUGAAGGCUCACAUGAGGAUCCACACGGGGGAGAAACCCUUCAGCUGCUCCAUUUGCGCUAAAGGCUUCACAGCAAGCGGUGCUCUGAAGAAACACCUGAGGACGCACUCGGGAGAGAAACCAUUCAGCUGCUCUGUCUGUGGCGUCAGAUUCACACAGGGCGGGAACCUGAAACGACACAUGGUUCAGCACACAGGGGAGACUAGAGAGAAACCCUUCAGCUGCUCCGUCUGUGGGAGAAGCUUCACGCAGGUGUCUAACAUGAAGCGACACAUGGUGCAACAUGCCGCUGCUGAGACAGGAAGUGAAGCUGUGGUCCGGAUGUGAUGCAGGAUAAGAGUUCAUCACUGCUGACUGAUCGUCGAUAGAGACAGAACUGUUUCAGAAAUCACAUGGACUAUUUUCUACGUUAAUUUAUUGAUUGUUAAAUCUGGGAAAUGUUGACAAUCAGAUGUUCCAGGACACAAAGAGAUUUAGUGUGUUACCACAGAAAAAUUAUUUGUCCAUCAGAGUACUUGAAUGUCUUAUCCAGGGGCGUCAAACGUACGGCAACUCAUGCUUAUCAUGUCUGCUAGCAGUGUUAACAAGGAAGCUAACCAACUACAGCUCAACAGUAAUGUAGCAGAACGCUAAUUUCUGUGGUCAUAUCAGCUAACCAGUCCCCUCCAGGAACACGUGAUGUUGUGAUCACAACAAGUAACGCAAAUUCAAUCUACCGCCAAACUUAUUCGGAGAACGGCACAAACUGGCGGAGCACAGACGAGACGAAUCACCAUGACAGAAGCUGUCACAUCCAGAAUGUACGUUCAAUUAAAUGUGUGCGGUUGGAAGUAACGUUAGUUUGUUGGCGCCAGAGCACCGACAGCAGGCAGUUGCCAAGACCCUCUCGACGCAGCCCCCGAAGCUGGUUUCACCUACAUGUAUGAAAUAUGGUAGGCGCAUGUAGCAUCCCAAGACAUACAAAAAAGCCUCAUGGAGCCCUACCCUAAACCCGACAGUUAGUCGGUCAUUUUGAAUUAAUUAUGGUGGGUUUUUUUUCCAGGGGUUGUAUUUUAAUGAACUCCUCCUACAGAUUUGAUGCGAUCGACUUUUAUUCGUACCAUUAAAGGUCAGACCUUUAACAUCAAAACUUGCAGUUUAAAAGUUGCUGUCGCCCGGUGUGACCAUGGCGAGGCGGCAAAUGUCAAUGUUUUGCCACCAAACAGGAAGUGGUUUUUAACUCCAGAAUACAUGGUCCAAUCUGCCCCAGGUUUUAUUAGGCUCCAGGUUUAGGUGUCAUGGUGAUAGUGCCACCCACUGGCAUCGUUUCAUCACAACAUUCAUCACAAUUUUUGUUAGGACGCAACUAUCCCGAAAAAAGCUGCUGCGAAAUACCGAAGGGACUGGCUAAUGCUAACACUAGUGAAACCAUAUAGUGAUGUUAAUUUGUGUUACAGUGAAUAAUGCCUUCAUCGAGCUGACAGGAAGCUAGCGGCAGACUGAGCUAAGUUGGCGGGAGGAUGUGUGACUAUGUUCUGUUUUCAAAAUAAGGUGUUAUGGAAAUGUGAUUGCUUGGAUUAUAUUAAGAGGAAGUGUAAAAUGAUUUUUUUUUUUUUUAAGAUAUUUUUUGGGCCAUUUUGCCUUUAAUGGACAGGACAGGUAAGUGUGAGAGGGGGAGAGAGAGAGAGAGGGGGGAUGACAUGCAGCAAAGGGCCACAGGCUGGAGUCGAACCCGGGCUGCUGCGGCAACAGCCUUGUACACGGGGCACCUGCUCUACCACUAAGCCACAGACGCCCCGAAUUAUUAAUUAUAAAUUAAAAAGUAAAAACCACGAACGCGCAAUAGACAUGUCUUUAUUCUGUGAUUUUUGUUUUGCUGGAAAUAAAAAUAAAAAAUAUUUUUCCUGAUGUUGACGACAUGUCUGAUGACACAGACACAAAACUCACAUAUUUGGACUGGAUCAGUAUUUAGAGAUAUUUCAAAGUAAAAGUCCAACAUUUCUACCUUGAAAAUCUGAAACUUGAAGUGCUGUUAAAAAAAAGGUUGCUCCAUAAUUCCUGCUAAUAACUGAACACUACGCUCAUCCUGAAAAUCAUCUUUACUGCGUCACACUGUCAUUUCAAACUCAACACUUCCUGUUUCUGUU